CUCUCCCCGUCCUUAUUUAUUUUGUCCGCUGAGGUCCUAUCUUUGUCUUUGGCACGAUUGUAUUCGGAUCCGAUGAUUCCCAGAUUUACGCAGCCUAGGGAUGCACCUCAUAUUCACCACCUUGCAUAUGCUGAUGAUGUUGUCAUUUUUACCUCAGCACGGGGUGAUACUUUGGAGCGGGUGCGGGAUGUCUUGCAUGGCUAUGAGCAGAUGUCGGGGCAGGCCAUUAGCUUUCCAAAGAGUGCUUUUUAUAUGCAUCCUAGAGCCCAGGCGCAGGUCCUUGAUCGAGUUCGUGAUAUUCUUGGUUGUGCUCAGGAUGUUCUUCCCUUUACAUAUUUGGGUUGCCCCAUCUAUCAUGGUAGGAAGCGCAUACAUUACUUCGAGCCGCUUUUGAAGAAGAUGCGAGAUAAGUGUUCUGCAUGGAUGGGGCGUUAUCUUUCUCCAGGGGGGAAGGCCAUUAUGAUUAAGAGUGUCCUUCAGGCCAUUCCUACGCAUCUCUUUGCAGCGCAUUUUCCGCCCAAGUUGGUGAUUCGGGAGAUGGAGGCGAUCAUGACACGUUUUUUCUGGUCCGGUAUGGGUGGAGAGCGUCGCUAUCAUUGGGGUUCGUGGAAGACCCUAGCUUUGCCGUGGGGGGAGGGUGGUGUUGGGUUUUUGGAUCUCACCACUUUAGCCAAGGCUUGUUCGGCUAAGCUAUGGUGGAAUUUUAGGACUCAGAAUACCAUGUGGACUGCGGUCAAAAGGCGCACGUACGCGUCCGCGGUAAAGGAUGCCCGUCGGUGCUCGCGGAUUGAGGAUUUGAGCACUCGUGGCGCACACGGAAAGUGCGUAUGCGUGGUACCGUCAUCAAAUCAGUGCCCUCGUCGGGAGGCUGGGUGGGGCCCGGCGAGGUUUCUUUCGCCUGCGUCAGUGCUUGCGCGUGAGAUCUAUGGGUUUCGGCUGGGCUUGGGCUACUAUGGCCUAGCUUUGGGCCGUGGCUGCUGGGCUGGACUGCUUGGCGGACUGGUUGCUUUGGGCUUGGAUAGUGGCAGGCUUCAUUGCGUUAGGCCGCCGGACACCCACCAAUCUCUUCCUGACGUCGAGACGAUUCCAAAGCACCCAUGGAUCGUCGCUGUUGCUGCCGGAAACUGCCAGGUCGAUCCCCACGCCGCCGCCCAGGUUUCGCACUUCGUUCCGGCCACCACGUGCAGCGGCAAGCCCCCAAACCAGUCCACGAAGGUUCCUGACGUCCUUGCGAGUUCAACGCCACCGGAAUCGCAGCAAUUGGACGUCGGAAACGCCAGAUCGCCGGCAUUACCCGCUCCGCCGUUCACCAUCGGGUCUUUCCAUUUUCCGGCCACCUCCGGCGAGCCCAAGGUUGCGCAACCCCUCAGCAACAUCCCUGGCACAGCUACGAACGUCCCUGGUCCAUCAAUUUCAGCAAUUGAAGCCGGAUUGAACAAACCCCAAGAAUCGGAGGUUAGGGUUUUUCCAAACACAAACUCUUCAAUUCGACGUGUUCAAGGACAAAUUGGGCAAAAAGGAUUUCAUAUUCGUGAUCCUCAUGAAAAACCAGUUCGAAUGACGUUGGCUCCGUCCGUUUUGGCUCCGGCGGAUUUUCCGGCGACGGUCGCCGGAGCUCCGGCGACGGCGGCGGCGGCCCAGACUACCGGAAAAAUUCCAGAAAAUUCAACUCAGCCUCCUUUUUCCAGGAAACCAGUUCCAAGCCUUUCCCAAGUGAUUUCAGCAUCCAAGCGCAAUUCCCUUCCAACUUUUGUGACGGAGCCGUUUCCCGAACGCGAGGUUACUGUUCAUCGAGGCAUGCCCGCAGUGAGGUUCAAUGAAGCUGAGGUCAGUGACUUAGCUCUCAUUGACAAGUAUAUUUUGGUUGGCAAAUUUUCUCACAGGCAACCUAAGUUGGAGGUAAAAUCCGGCAAAGGUUCUCGACCUCCUACUUCGGAGGAGUUGAAAUUGAUAGAGACAUCUGACGAGCCUGAUGAGCCUGCUGAAGAUCUCGAGUUUGAUGCCUCCGCCCUCCCCUUUGCUUCUACUGAUAUUGAUUUAGGGAGGAAGAGGGAGAAAACCCCAUUUACACCUGCGGCCCGUACUCCCCUGAUCUGCACUUUGAACCGCUCGGCCAACACCACCCCUUCGAAUAGGGACUUUUAUGCCCGUCCUUCUUACUGUCAGGAUCCCGGUCCUUCGUACGAGGAUCCGCAUGACAUCCGCUAUCACUGUGAUGGUCGUAGGUACGGUGAGGAUUCCUAUCCCCCUUCAGAUGAGGAUGAGGAUGACUUGAUCUGGGAGGAGGAGCAGGAAGAUAUUCGUUAUGAUUUUGGGCCCAAGUCCAAUGUUGGGUACUAUGGGCCCAACCUUGAGCCUUUUCAGCGGGACCUAGAGGCGGCUGGGUUGUCCCCGCCGCGGAAUUUCAGGAAGACGCGCUCGAGAUAUCGUGAUUUUGAGGAGCGGUUCUUGGGCUGAUUUACUUUCCUGCGAGGCUGGACUGGGUAGUCGGCACUGCUUUCGCGUUAGAUCUUUUCUGCUGCCUAGUCCUUUGGCUUUGACAGUUGGCUCUACUUAGUCGUU